ACCGAGCCGAUAAGAACCAAAUACACGUCAUUAACUACUUUGUAUUAUCUUUCUCUCUCCCGCCACCUGCGACAGACCAAAAUUUUCACCAAGUUACAAAAAAUUUAAUUUAUUUUUUUCCAGAUUUUUGGAAAUUUGAAUCCAAAAUUCUUCCUUUGAUCAAUUGAAGUUUCCGCAAUUCUGGUUAAAUAUGGAUCAGAUUUCAGAAAUGCAGUACAAAUCAACAAAACCUCGAGAUGUUUGCAUUGUUGGUGUUGCACGUACGCCAAUGGGUGGGCUUCUUGGUUCCUUGUCAACUCUAUCUGCCACCAAGCUUGGUUCUAUUGCUAUUGAGUGUGCUCUUAAAAGGGCAAGAGUGGAUCCAUCAUUAGUACAAGAAGUGUUCUUUGGGAACGUUCUUAGUGCCAAUUUGGGACAGGCUCCUGCUAGACAGGCUGCUUUAGGCGCAGGAAUCCCUAACUCAGUAAUCUGCACGACCAUUAACAAAGUAUGUUCUUCAGGAAUGAAAGCAACCAUGCUUGCUGCUCAAAGUAUCCACUUGGGUGUCAAUGAUGUUGUUGUGGCCGGGGGAAUGGAGAGCAUGUCUAAUGCGCCGAAAUACCUAGCUAUGGCCAGAACCGGAUCGAGGCUUGGACAUGACACCAUUAUUGAUGGAAUGCUGAAGGAUGGACUUUGGGAUGUUUACAAUGAUUUUGGAAUGGGAAUCUGUGCAGAAAUAUGUGCUGAUAAUUAUAGAUUUUCAAGAGAAGAACAGGAUUCUUUUGCUAUAAGGAGCUAUGAGCGUGGUAUUGCUGCAAAGAACAGUGGCGCGUUUUCUUGGGAAAUAGCUCCGGUGAAGAUUUCUGGAAAUAGGGGAAGACAAACCACGAUUAUUGACAAGGAUGAUGGUCUCGAGAAGUUUGAUCCUGCCAAACUUAAGAAACUUCCUCCCAGCUUUAAAAAGAAUGGAGGCUCUGUCACUGCUGGAAAUUCUUCGCUUAUAAGUGAUGGUGCUGCUGCAUUAGUAUUGGUCAGUGGAGAAAUGGCCAAAAAACUUGGACUCCAAGUGAUUGCAAGGAUCAAAGGUUUUGCUGAUGCAGCUCAGGCCCCUGAAUGGUUUACUACUGCUCCUGCCCUUGCAAUCCCAAAAGCUAUUUCAAAUGCUGGUUUGGAGCCUUCUCAAAUUGACUUCUAUGAAAUAAAUGAAGCCUUCUCUGUCGUUGCUCUUGCUAAUCAGAAACUCUUAGGGCUUGAUCCAGAAAAUGUCAACGUGCAUGGUGGAGCUGUGUCCCUGGGACAUCCAUUAGGUUGCAGUGGAGCUCGAAUUUUGGUCACAUUGCUUGGUGUUCUAAGGCAGAAGAGAGGAAGAUAUGGUGUUGCUGGCAUCUGCAAUGGAGGAGGCGGCGCAUCUGCUCUUGUCUUAGAGCUCAUAUCAACAUCAGGGAGUGUUCAUUCAAGACUUUGAAAGUUUCUAACUGGAGUAAGACAUUAUGGUGGAAAUCCCAGGCAAUCAUUCAAAACUAUAAAUUCAGUUCUUUGAGAAGUUCCUUCAGCUGCAAAUUUAUCGAGAUGUCAUCUUGCCAUUUUAUACAUCAUGAGACAGAUAAGAGGCACACUGCUAUCCGGAAAUCAAUUAGAUAUUUGGGUGAUUUAUGUAUAAUAUAUACUAGUGGAAAUGAGUAGGCAAUACUCCUGGGCAUAUCCUGCAACACUGGUGGUUGAUGUAUGACUAUAUACUUGUAGAAAUUAGUAGGCAAUACACCUUGAACAUAUUUGCUCGUGUUUAGUGACAUAAGUAGGCAUGUAUAUGCUUGCGCUGGUCCAUGAUAUAUAACCUGUACUAUGCAAAUAAUUUGGGGCUACUGUAUUUGUUUAAAGUUCUGCACUAGGCAAGUGUGUAAAACCUGUGAUCUUUGCAGAGCUUAAUUAUUCAAUAUAUUGUUUUUCUGCUUA